GCGUGGGGGGUGGGGAGGCGGAGGGGGAUUUUGUUGUGAGGCUGGUGAGUUACAUAUGCGCGCAAGGCGAGCUGCGUCGGCUACCACCUACUUGCUGGUGGUCUCGGAUACUUUACCGCUGGUUCUUCCACAUGGGGUAUAGAUGAUGGCUAACCCCUCGCUGUCUUGUAGAUGCUCCACCCCACCCAACACGGCGGCGCCCUCCUCAGCUACCACACCCGCACCUCCACCACACCGUCCGACUCCCAUGUCGUCUUCCUCGACGGCAGCUCGGGCCUCGAGUCCCUCCAAGCCGCGCUACGCCGCAUGGGCCGAAUCCGGACCGACGACCGGCGUCUUCGAGAACGAUGGAUGGGCGAUAAUACUCCGGGACGGUUGAUGAGCAGCGCGGACUGGAUGGCUGCGCACACACCCGAGGGAGACGGCAAGGAAACGGUAGAGGAGGAUGAAGACAUCCCAUUCGAUGUACCCGACACCGACAGCGACGCGACGUUGAUGGCAGCCGAGUCAGACGCGGAGGACGACGCGGAAAACACGCUGUUCUUCCACGGCGCCGAGGUCGUUUCGCAAUGUCUCGCGCUCCGGGCUUCAGAGAUCGCCGAGCUGGUUCCCGCCGUCCCCAACACACAGCGGGGGGGAAUACACCAGCAUUGUGUUCGGGGGUAUACCCUCCCGACGACCGGUGGGGAUGAUGCAUUGACGACGGGGGGAGGAGGGGUGGCCAGGGAGUGGUGGGAAUGCGCGGGUGAGGAUGCGGUUGGGUGGAGACAUGAUGUGGGGGUGUGGGGUAGGGAGGGGAGGUACGUGGGCGCCGUGGGCGCUGCGAGCGAGGACGAAACCCGGGAGGGCGGUGAGCGGGAUUGGUAUACCCGACUACGAGCGGGUCACUCUGUGCCCGGGCCGUCGUCGUGCGCUCCCGCCGAGGAUGGACAUCCAGCUGUUUCGCCGUACGCCAUGGCGGGUCUGAUCAUCGGCAGCGAUGCGGGACUGCAGGCCCUGUCCCGGUUCCUGAUCCCACGAUCGGACGACCGGACGGCGCCGCGGUACCUUUUCGCAGUGGUAAGCCCCCAUAUCCGCUCUCCAUGUUUUGGCGUCUCGCGUCUUGUAUAUGAAUCUCAUCCAUGUGUUUCCAGCUUCCGCCGUUACCCUCCCUCGUCCCGCCGUUACCGGAUCUCGCACCAAGCUCGGUUCACCUUCACCGGCGAGGAAGUCUCCCGGCCGUCUCUCCACCGGGAUCCGACGAAUCCGCGCCGACUGACAAAAGCACACAGACUAGCUCCACCCCCCGCGCCUCCACCCCCGGGCAAACCACCGCACAAGGCCCCACACCCAUCACCCCCCCUUCGCAGCCGUGCACCGCCCAUAAAGAGAACCCCUACGCCCACUUCACCGCCACGUUCUACAUCCUCCCCGACACACCCACCCUCUGCGCCCACACCUCCUCCACCGACCCCGCCACCCGCCCUCUUGUGGAGGCCGACAUCGCGCAGCAUAUGAUCGUCUCGGAACCCUCGGCCGACUUGACCGCGCCUGUACGCACCACACGCACGGUGGGGACGCAAACCCCGCCCCCUCCCACGGGUGUAUGUCGCGGCACGCAAACCUCCACAGCAGAAUCCGAUGACGGUGACGGUGACGAUCUCGUGCAAAAGCGGACACGCCACCUCGUCGAUACCAUAACGCGUAUUCUGGCCGCGCGGGACUCGCACAGCCGUCAAACGCACGACCAGGGCGUGUUGUUGCCGCCGCCCGUGUACAUCCUCCUCCCGUCGGCGUGCGCCGCCUUCCACGCGGUCCUCACGGGGCGUGCGCACAGGCGCAUUUCGCCGCGGUAUCGAGGGUAUGCGUUGUUGGCGCUCGCCCACGACGGCGAGGCGUUUGGCGUGGAUGUGGCGGGCAAGGG